UUUAGUUGUGUUGGUGGGAUAACGCUCUUUGAUAAUGUUGUGGCAUAUUUUAUUUAUUUUUAACUUAAUACUAUCUUUAACUUUCUCAAUUCUAGAAACGGAGAAACUACCACAUUUCGCACUUCGUAGCUUCUUGUCUACAAACGAUAUAGUUUAUUUUAAUUUCCCCAUACCACAACACACAUUCGUUACCAAACUCUCAAUAUCCGUCACCUUUCACGGUUGCAGUCCUGAAAACAUCAGUUUAACUCUUCGUUCAGGAUCUUUUCCUGUAGUCAGACCAUUCGAUGUCCCAGUGCCAAAUGGUGUUUUAGAGCCUAGAAACUCCUAUUCACUAAACAUACCGAUUAAGGAAUCAUUCAAUCUAACAGUUACUUCGGACGAUUGUGGGACUUACUCGCGAUUUCAUGUGAAGUCAAUUAAUCUUCGAAAUGCAGCAAACAUUGACAUAAAUAUUCAUGGGCCUGUUGUUGGCAUGUGGUAUAUUGGUGCUUACAUGACCACCUCUUUUCAGAAGGAAUGCAUAGCAUGGCUAUUACCAUCUGUCAGACACGACAUUUCUUAUAUUGAUGGACAUAUUUCAUACAACUAUAAUCCUCAGUUAAGACACAAUCAAUCAAUUUCUUAUGAUAAACCAUUUAUUGAGGGUAUUUAUAAGCUCCCCAGCAGAACAAUAUUUGGUUCUCAUGCAGUAGAAAAACUUUUCCACCGGAAAAAGCGACGCAAACCUUCUUAUCAUUCUGUGGUUCACUCUACGGCGGACCAACCUAUGCACAGUUCUUUGAUACCUCCAAGUUCAUCAACAGAAUCAAUCAACAUUAAUCCAUACCAUAUAAGGACAUUAUCAUUCUUAAUGUCACCAUUUGACUUGGAGCUGGCCCCCAUGGAAGGCAGAUUAUAUUUAUUAACCAUCAUGGAUGAGAUGACUAGUAUUGACGUAAUAUUAGAAGACUGUAGAAUUGUUACACCGAUUGCUCCAUCUCAUGAAAAUAUUUCGGUGUCCAAGCAUAGUAAUUCGACUUCAAAUGAUCAAACAAAAUCAUCUUUGCAUGAUAACUUGCCUAAUGAGAUUAUAUUUGAUUCUUCUGCUUGUCCAAUUAUUAUUGAUGGUAGUGUUGAAGCUUUACCAUCUAGUCUUUCUUAUCUACAUCAAUCUCAAGGAUUUAGAGUUUCGACAACAGACAAGCCUAAGCAUGGGAUCGGUUUUUCAUCGAAUGUUGGUUCACCAUCUUCAAACACUUUCAAUUAUACUCAGGACUCAAACAUUCAGAGGAUAUUCCGCUUACUAGGACUUCGUGGUUCUCAAAUAAAUCAUUAUUUAUACAUUCUUAAUCAAGCUUCUCAUGUUGCUGUGUACUCACGACUGGUUAUAAUUCCUAAGUUUGGUUGUUCACUAAUGAAAAAUUCCAGAAAUUUUCAUCAUAAUGAUUAUUUACAUCAACAAUCUCAAAAAAUUUCAUUACAAUUUUUAUCAAUGAAACAUGAAAAUAAAUCAUUUAAAGAUAAGAUCAAUUUUAAUCGAACUAAUAAUAUAAAUUAUCGUUUUUUCUUAAGUAUAUCAUUAUUACCUUGGAUUAAUUCUGAUUGGCCGGAAUUAACACCAGAAUAUGGUGAAAAAAAGUGGUUAAAAACAUAUUCUUCAAUCAAUACACAACAAUUGAUCAUAUCAAAUUUUGGUUCAUUUAAUUUUAAUCAUCCAGGAUAUCAAGAUUUACCAUUGUGUUAUAUAUGGCCUACUCCAACACGUGUUCAUUUACCAGUGAAAUUUACUUAUCAUUUUGCUUAUCAACCUGAUUUUGGUCGAUACGCCAGUCUACUUCAUUUAAAACCAUGGCAUAUUGUAGUCAUACCGAUAACAUUAAAUUCAGUAAUGGAUAUGUCAAGUGUUCUUGAGAUUGCUUUACAACUUAAUGCAUUAAAUGUUUCUUGGCAAUUCAAUGAAACAUAUAGAGAGCCUUUACCACGUCAAAUUAUUCUACAUGGUUGUUUUGCUAGACAUUUAACUAAUACACCAAAAGGUUUCACAAAUAUUCGUCAAUGUCCUUUAUGGAUUCGUUUAGCUACAGAUCAUGGUUUAGCGGUAUCUGUAGCUCAUGCUAUUUCAUCUGCUGCUCCGAAAGUUUUCGCUUCUAGUCAAUCACCACGUCGAAGUGAACGACCGCCCAAUCUUGAUACUUCUUUCAAUGAAAGUGUAGAUCGAAGUUUUUUAUUUUUUCCUUAUCCAACACCUGGACGCUGGUAUCUUAGUUUAUAUCCUGAAUGUUACACAGAAUAUGAUGCACUUUGUGGAUUGGAUCAGUCAGCAGUAAUUGAUGUUUCACUAAUAAUACGUUCAACUCCAUGCAUAAAUAAUCAUUGUCGACAGAUCGGUGAAGGAGCUACAAUAGCUCCAUCUCGCCUCCUAUAUCCGAAUGAAUUAAUAGUAAACACAUCACGUUCUAGAGAUGGUAGCCAACGAUGGCGUCCACCAUGGUGGUCAUAUGAUGGUAGUAAUAAAGAUAAUACUGAUAAAGAAAAUCAUCAUUUUAAAUAUAAUAGUCCAUUUAAUUAUGUUCCAGUUAAAAAAAUUGGUAAAAUACCAGGUGAAGGUAUAUGUAUUAAUCUUUUUCAAAGAUCAGUUCAUGUAUCGACAUGUGCUUGCCCUAUUGGUUAUGGUGGACUAGGUUGUAUGCCAUUACCUAUAGAUUAUUUUAAAACUUUUGGACUCUAUCCUAAUAGACAAAUAUUAUCAUAUGAUGCAUUGAUAUUGGCUUUGUCCAAUUUCGGUUUUAUACCAGCAAUUCUAUUGACUGUUAUUCAUCGACUUUGGAUACCGGCAUUAGUUUAUGGAUACACUUUUCUUUUUUCUACACUUUAUCAUAUUUGUGAUACAGAUUCUAAUCUAAUACCAGGUUACAAUGUUAUGCACACACCGAAUUAUGGUAGUAGUAUGCUUUAUCAAUCUACAAAUAUUGCAUUUAAAAUGAAUAUUCCAAUUAGCAGUAGUAGUAGUAGUAAAUCAUUUAUUUAUUCACAAUUUACCUCAUCAAUAUGUGUAUUACCAGUGGAUACAUUAUCAUUUUGUGAUUUUUUUGGCGGAAUUUUCUCAAUUUGGAUAAGUACAUUAACAAUAGCUGCAAUACCUAUGAAAUAUACACAAUGUGCAUUUAUUAUUGGUGCAUUAUUACUUACAGUUGCAGUACAAAUUGUUCGUUAUUCUAUUGGUAUUAUUUUAGUUCCAUUAAUAAUUGGAUUAAUAAUUAUUCUUUAUUCUUGGAUAAAUUUCUGCAUUAAACUGAAAAGUUUAUUUCCACCAAUUCAAUGGUGGAUAAUUAGUUUUAUUCCAGGUGUAUUAUUUGCAACUAUCGGUGCAUCAAUGUUUUUUCAUGGACAAUCAACACAUAACUAUACAAAACAUCAUAGUAUAUGGCAUAUAUUAAUUGGUUUAUCAUUAGCUUGUUUUCUUCCAUGGCCAUUUCGAUGGCGUAUAGCAUUAAGUCCAAUUAUUUCUGUACAUAUACCAUUAUCAUGUGGUAAUUUACCGAAACAUUAUGAUUAUAAUAGUGAUUUAUCAAAUACUAAUUCAUUAGUAAUACCAGUUGAAAUAAUACAGAAUGAAUCAGAAAAUCUUCCUGGAUGUAAUAAUGUAUUAGAUGGGAAUAGAGAUGUUAGUCUUUCCAAUGAAUAUAUGACAUUAACAAAAUUAUCAUAUAAAUCAAUUUUUAUUAACAAAUUAACUAAUAAUUUAAAUAAAUUAACACAAUUUACAUCUAAAAUAUAUCAAAAGUUUACUUUACAAAUAGAUAAACAAAUUCAAUUGAAUUUUCUACUUGAUCCAUUAUGUACACGUUGGCCAAAGUUAAAGUGGAUAUUACCUUACGGUUACAAGCCAAAGAACGUUCUCUCUGCUGAUACUCAAGCAGAUUAAACUGGCUUCUUUCUUUUCACCCCGCCCAUCAAACACUUCGUUGUUUUUGUAAUCCUCCAUUUAUAUUAGGAGAAAAAAAAAUAACUACAAGACUAGUCAGCCCAAUUUUUUCUAGAUUUUUUAUUAUUUCAUUGUUUUUUGUAAACUUAUGGUUGUUAAUUUGUCGAUUUUUUUUCCAAUGUGUUCAUUUCUUUUGUUUUAAAAAAAAACUGAAUUUUUAGUUGAAAAUAAGAUUAUAUGUAGCCAAUUUGAAGUUGGUUACUAAUCUGUAUAAAACUUUUGUUGAGUAAGUGUUUAUACUAUACAAAUAUUUAUGUGUAUGUUGAGCACUUUGAUAAGUAAAACUAUCUAUCAAGGCUUUACUGGUAUUUUCAUUUUACAUUCAAGGUAUCAUAAGGAUCAAACCGAAUAAUAUUUAUGCAUAUUUUUUAAAAGAAAAUCAUGCUCAUAUAAUUAACAUCUGUAUGUUCCCAGUCUCCUCAUUACUUUGUUCUAAUAGAUUGGAAUAUUUUAUAUAUUUUCCUUCGGGUCGGUAUGUCAAUAAAUUACUGUAUUUGUGUGUGUAUCAAUUUCUUCUACUUUGCCAAUUAUUGCAUUCAUUUCCUGUAGAAUACUGAUUUCUAUGCUCCGUUAGUUUUUUUUUUUAAAUCAUUUUACGCAAGAAAGCCAGUGUUAGAUGCUUCUAUAUCUCAUAUCUCUAGUUUGAUUUUUACUGGACGGUCUAAAUCCUCCUAACUGUUAAACAUUUAUGUCUGCUAGAGAUUUCUAUCGUUCAUAGAGUAAAGGUUGAGAUUGAACUUCGAUCAAUAGAUAAAGAAUACCACACUCAAAAGACCAGUCAUGUAAGUUCAUUGAUCAAAUGAAAACUUAAGAGCUCGGCUUUUUAGGAAUUUUACAAUACACACGAGUAGAGGUAAUCGCAAACCCCUCUAAACUAUAUUAUGAAGAACUAGUCUAUUCAUUCGUCCUCAGCAAAAGUCAGUAGAGAAGUCCAUUUUUCAACCUUCUAAUUUUACUGUUUGCUAUGGCACUCAGUGACAUAUUUGAAGAUUACUAAGUAUCUGAUUUAUAGUCUAUCGAUCAGGCAGUGAAAUAAUCCCAAUUACUUACUUAUUUAGAGCCUAUCACAGAGUAUACGCGUUUGAUUUCAGGAGUAAAUGUUUUAGUAGUGUCCUUCAUUUCGAUAUCAAUUAGAUCGGACAAUAUUGUCGACGGGACCACCACUUUUGUGUCCCCUUAUAUGACUCCAAGUAGAUCGUAUGAAUGAUUGUUAUCGAAAUAUACAUCCUGGCUAUCGUCGUAUACAAUCAUCGAAUUAAUCCGCAUUAGUGAAUAACGGAAUCAAAUAAUUCAAAUACGAGAAUAGAUGUUUGAAUAUGUCUAUUUUGUACACUCGUUGAUCAGAACAGAUAAUCGCAGCGAAGAAGAGGGCGAAACGAAAGGACACACAGUGGAAAAGGCGUGUGAGCCAACUUGAUUUAACCAAGCGUUAAUCGAUACUUAUGGUCACACAAAAAUAAGCUACAGACAUGUGAUGAGUAGGAUAAGAUAUAUACACAUACGCUCAUAUAAAAGCAGUCAGGGUUGAUAAGUGAAUAAUUAACAAGGUUAAAAUGUAGCUUGAGAAGAGUGGAUAAAUCUGCUUGUCCAGAAGCUAGGAUAAGCUAUGUGGGCUCGACAUAGUACCAGCCACUACAAUCUCUCGUCUUCUCUGAUAACCCAUCUGGUGAAAGCAGAUUAAUGUUCUCGAGUUUUGAGAAUCAAUAAGUUGUUUCUGGAGUUCGGAUACUGCUUGUCUCCCACGCAAACUAUAAAAUAGGACCUAUGUUGUUAAAAGAUGGUGGAUGUAAGGGGGUAAUACCUAUAGAAAUAAAAAAGUAGGUAAACGAUGAUUGACACGUCACGUCGAAAAUGAUAUAAUAAAUGAAUGAAUCAUACGGAGUCACCAAAAAUUAAUUUUCCUGACCAAAUUGAGUGGGCAUUGAAAGAAGAACCGCAACUAUAUUAUUUACUUGUAGACAUUAAAUCUAUCUUUGAAGAAAUUCCAGCCACUUGUAGGGUGCAAAUUAUAAUGAAAUAAGCUACGAGAAUGUUAAUAAUAUUAUACCAACGAAUGACGAUCGGCAACAUCCUAUGGUUUCUCAAUAGUGAUUUUCUUUAGUGAUAUUUUAGAUUGGUGUGAUUACAAAGACCCAGUCUAGAAUACCUCUACACCUCUGAUCCACCGCUUGUCAAAUAGUAUUGACUAAGCAAAUAUGAUAAAAUAUUAAGAAAUUGUAACUAAUUGUGCAAGCAAAACAAAGUGUGCAUUCUUACACUUCACAAUAUGACCAAGCUAGUGGAAGGAUGUAUAUGCUUGUCACAUUAUGUAUACUUAAGCAAAUGAUUCUCCCCCACCCACGAAACAAUCUUGGAUUUCCAUGUACUCAUGUUACUAAUAACGUGACCUUACUGACCUGAACUGUUUUAUCACAACUGAUACCCUUAUUAUAUGUGCACAUUGUGGCGUGUGGGUAUACACAGAGGUUGAAGGAUCUUUUUGUGACUCCUGGACAUUCUGGUUUCGCAAACACUUGUUACGUCAAUUGAUUUAUAACAGCAUGGAGGAGGGAAUCUAUGUAAAAUACAUGAGGUGUGAGAGGACCCAACAUCUACAAUGACAUCUGAAAUGUGAUCACAGUAUAACUCGUUUAAAACAUUUUUUCUUACACUGGCUAGAAGCAAAUGGAUUGUAAGGGUAAGUAACAUAUGAUAUGAGCCCAUCAGAACUAUAAAUAGAUUUGAACCCAUUGGGAACUUGUGCUUCAUAUUGACUAAGGUUUUCACUAGAAACGAAUGACUUGUGCGAACAAACAUUUAUUAUGAUAUCUCCAGGAUUUGAAUAAUUUAAAAUAUUUUCUCAAAUUCACUAAAGACUUCAUUAGAAACCAAUGAAUCAUUAGGACAGUCAGCAUCUGAUUUGACAGCAUCAAGAAUUUGAUCAAAAAUCGAUUGAUUUUAAACAUUUGUCUCACAAUUAUUUUGAAUUUCACUUGAGGUGACUGAACAAUUAGAGUAUGAUGAAACUGAUAAAAGAGCAUUUAAACAUUGCCCAGGGUCAACAUUAUUAAAGAACUUGUUGACGUCUUCAAUCAAAAAACUGUUCCUUAUUAGAUCACGAGAUGUUUCAGUUACCUCGUUAAAUAUGUCUAUAGAUUUUGAGUGCAAUUCCGGAUUUGAUUUUCUGGGCAUGUAUUCCAUUAAUGCACUCACAACCAAUAUAUGAGAUUUAAUGAACACAUCUUCAUUAAAAUGAAGCAUUGACUUUAGUUCUGAGACUGAAACAACCAUGUUCCUACAUCAGUAACCACGUCGCUUGUUGUUACAGUGUCUUGACAAAUAAACGCAGAAGUAUGUUUAUAACUGAGGAAACAGGAUUUGGGGUAUGUUGAACUGAUAACUGAGUUAUAACGGGAAUCAGACAGUAAUAUUGUAAAAUGAAAUCUGUAAAUUCACCCAGCGAUUUUUAUGGUUUUCCUAUUUCCAAAAUUUACAUCGCCAUAUAGUUAUUGCCCUCGUUUUCCUAAAUGCUAUAUUCGGAACAUUUCAUUGUCAAAAGAUUUGAACGCUCGGCGAAGUGAUCAUAACGCACGAAAACCAUUGACAGCGACUGCACUGCAAUGCGUAGUUGUUUUUAAAUCAUGACUUAUUAUUACUCCUAAGUCUUUACGCUCUUGAACACAUGGUAAAGGUUUACCAUCAAUAGUAUAAUGGUAACUGUUACCGUGACCGAUGUGCAUUAGCACACUCUUCUUAGAAUUGAUUUCUAAGCCCCAACCUCCAGCCCAUCUAACUAAUUCGUCUAAGUGCGCUUGGAGAUCAAAAUGAUCAGCCUCACUUUUCAUUGCUCUCCAGAUUUUUACGUCAUCCGCAGACAAUAAUGUCGACGACCUAAGCAAUAGCGGUAACUCAUUAACGUAGAGAAGGAGGAGCAGAGGGCCUAAGAUGGUGCCUUGAAGUACGCCACUAUUGACCGGCUUCCAAUCGGAUAGCGUCCCAUUGACCCUUACUCUCUGUCUGCGGUCACAUAAGAAUUUACCUAUACACUCCCUUACAGUACCUAUUAUUCCGAAGCUCGUGAGCUUCUGCAUAGGACCUAAGUGUGAAACCUUGUCGAAUCCUUUGCUAAAAUCUAUCACAUCGACAGACAGACAGACCGUUAUCUAGGGCUACUGUCCAAUCCUCUCUCGCAAUAAGUAAGUUAGUCAAGCAUGAACGCUUGUUACGAAAUCCGUGAUGCUCAGGAGCUAACAGAUUGCGUGAAUCUAUGUGGCUUAGCAACCUAACCCGAAUUAUCUUUUCAAGCAACUUAACGACAAUGCUAGUUAGACUGACAGGCCGGCAGUUAGGUACGAUAUGUCUCUGACCAUCCUUAAAUAUAGGACUGACGAUAGCGUCUUUACAAUCUCAAGGGGGUCGAGCGAGUGGAAGGGACAUGUUGAAGAGUGUCGCGAGCGGUUUUGAAAUAAUGUCCGCAAGAGAUGACAGCAGCCGUGCAUGUAAUCCGUCACGGCCCGGCAUCGUACAAGAUUUGAGGUUACUUAUUUAUUUAUCGAAUUUAUUUACCUGCCACAACGUUGAUGUACAGCUUGUUACGGGUGAACUGAAGAAAUUUUUCUGAUUAAAACCUUUUUGUAUGUCAGAAACGCUUAUCACUGAUCACUUAUACCUCUGCAAUUCCCACAGAGCGAAAGUAAGAACAGAAAGACUGAUAAAAGUGAAAAUUUACUAACCCCCAAAACCCGACAACGACUCUAGUCAAAAAUACACUCAUUUGUACAUUGAUUGUACACCCAUGUUGAAUAAUAAUUAGAAUGAAAUGACAUAUAUGAGAAACAGUCACAGUUAUAACAAGUCACAUGUUGAGCAUAACUCAUUUCAAAUAAAUACAAGAAUAUCGUAUGUUACACAGAAUAAAAUAUCAUGCCGGAAAACAGAAAUAAAUACUGCGCUGUGUAAUCAUUACAUUAACUUAAAGCGGAUGUAAUGUUAAAUAAAAAUCAUAAUGAGUAAAUCAAUCAAAUUUUGACAUUUCCUCCCGUCAUUGUUACGGAAGAACUGAAGACAUUUGUCUGAUUAAAACCUUUUUGUAUAUUAAUAAUUUUACUGUGUUUUUGGAUGUAUUUGUUUUACCUAACUUUUGAACUUGUUUAUAUAAUUGAUUUCGAACAUUUCGGUUUCUCUCUGUCAUUGGUUUGGUAUUUGGGAGUUUUUGCUCCGGGAACCUACAAAAUUGAAGAACGACAUUUAGGUCAACUAUUUGUAAAUCGCGAAUAAACUUUGGUAUCUAAUUAGGAUUUGGUUCUAUUGUUAAUUUGGGUUCGUGAAUUGCAAAUAGAUCGACAAACCGUACUUCAAUAAAGGGAACGAGCAAAAACUUGGACGUGACAUAAAGUUCUUGAAUUCUGGUUCUGUGUUCAUACAGUGGGUUUGUCUGGACAAUAAUUUUGGAUCCAAAUUUCUGGUUCUACUGGUCGGUUUCGUUUGGAAUAAUUCGGAUUUGUUUUGGAACGAAGGCAUACUAUGGAAACACGAAGCAAAAGACCGAGGGAAAAUGACGAAUUGGAUGGUAAAAUUUCCAGAGCUGCUUGUGGUAUGUAUGACGUUAAUGAUGAUAAAUGUGAUGUUAGUAUUAAUAGUAUGUCCUCUAGUCAGCUUAGUACUUCUAGAUUAAAGUUAGGUAAAGCAUUACUGAGGAAAAAGAAUUUAGAAAAAGACUUGGAUUAGAACGACAGCUUAAGAUGUUAGAUCUCCAAGAAGAGGUUGAUAUAGCUGAAUUGGAAUGCAAGGUCAUCGAGGACGAUGAACAAUUGCCUGUAGACAAAUACGGGAUAAAAGCCAAGGUGGAAAGUUCUUUGGAUUGUGAUACUGGGUGUAAUAAUCACUCAAGGGAGAUAUGUAACAUCUCAAAAAGCGACUGGGUUGAUGAAUUGAAGGAUACGUUACAUACAAUGGUUAAUAAUAUGGUUUUACCUAAGAUUGAUAUGAUGUACUGUGAUGGACAACCGGGUCAGUACUACCGUUUCAUUAGUCAGUUUACUAGCAUUAUAGAGAGUAAACCGUCCGAUAAGGGCCAAUUGUUGCCGUAUCUGUUAUAUUAUUGCAAAGGAAAGGCCAGAACGGCUAUUGAAGCAUGCAUUUCUUUGCCCAGUCAUUUGGGUUAUGAUAGGGCUAAACGAAUUUUAUGAUUUAUUUGGUAAGAAACACCUUGUUGCACGAGAACUAAUUACUGAGUUAUUAAGCCACAAAUCUAUUGAAGGAUCAGCUGACAUAUUAACUGACUUUGCGAUUAAGUUACGUAAUGUAUGUAUAACGUUGAAGGAAAUGGGAUACAUGUCUGGUGUUAAUUCUACGGCUAAUUUGGAAGUAAUAGUUUCAUGCCUACCACUAGAAUUAUAGAAUAGACGAGUGGAAGUCGCCGAUUAGAUCAUGAUGCACGGGAAGGAGCUGAGCUUUGAAGAAUUUGUGAUCUCUGUAGAAGAGAGGGCCAGAAUUGCUCGAACAUGUUAUGGUAGAUUAGUACAGUGUAACCCAAGGUUCGGUAAAAGGAAUUCUGAAGACCAAGCUGAUGGGAGAUCAUGCUUUCAUGCAAUUAGGCGAGACCCAAGCAACUCAGUCAAGGUUUCACGUUGUGAAAUCUGCUUAGGUGAUCAUGAGGCUACAGAUUGUCCAAGGUUAACAAAAAUGAAUGUAAGAGAAAGGAGACAGGAGGUAAGAUGUGGUCUAUGCUAUUUAUGUUUGAGGGAAGGUCACAUAGCUAUGUCAUGCAACUCAGGCUUCAAGUCCGACGUUGAGAAUUGAAAGGUUCGGCAUAAUUCAUUAUUAUAUAUUGAUGGUAUUGACAACCAUGUGGUGAACUUAGCUAAGGAUUGGAACUCCUCAAAGGUUUGUUUGGGUAUCAUUCCGGUCAGACUAUACGGUCUCAAGGGAUUUUUGGAAACAUACGCCCUUUUAAACAGUGGUUCAGAUACUUCUCUUGUAUGUGAAGAGUCAAUUAAUCAGUUGGGCCUCAAAGGUAAAGAGACUUCGAUAAAAGUGACGACUGUGAAUGGAACUACUACUUGUGAAUGUCUGGAAGUAAAUUUAGAGGUAUUUCUAUUAGAUGAACGGGGUUCUAUAAGGAUCAACAAGGCUUAUACGACCAAGAAACCUCCGAUCGAUUAUGCAGAACCCUUAACCGAAAUUCGGCUGAGACGGUGGAAACAUUUAAAGGACAUAACCCUCCCGAGGUUGCAAAGUAAUCUUGUAGGAAUAUUGAUUGGGUGUGAUGCUCCAGAUGCACAUUGGGUCCUGGAACAACGCCUGGGAGACAGGAGGCAUCCGUCUGGUGUGCGUACUCAUCUCGGUUGGAUGAUUAUAGGUCCUAAAGGAGUAUCAAGGUCUCUACAUCGAGUUCAGUGGUGUCAUUGUUCUACUAAUGAUAUUUUGCGAGAUAUAGAAAGAUUAUAUAAUCAUGAGUUCGAGGAUGCAGAUAUGUUUCGUAAUGGAUAUUCUGUCGAAGAAAAAGAGCUCUAGAAAUAGUUAGUAGUUCUUUUAGACUGGAGGGUGGCCAUUUCCAAGUUGGUCUACCGUGAAAGUAUGACAAGCCAAGGCUACCGAAUAAUUUGGAACUAGCUGAACGCAUACUAGAGUGUUUAAGGAAGAGGUUUGUGAAAGAUAAUAGUCUUCUGGAGAAAUAUCAAGUUGUGGUGAAUAAACAUUUGAGUAAGGGCUAUAUCAUUGAAACUAGUAAGGAGGGAUUUGACCGUGAUGCUGUUUGUUCGUAUGUUCUCCAUCAUCUUGUUAUCAACCCUAAAAAGCCUGGAAAACUGAGAAUUGUUUUUGAUUGUGCAGCUGUCUAUCAAGGUUGUUCUCCUAAUGGUCAGCUUUUGAGAGGACUAAGUACUGUAAAUAGUUUAAUUGGUGUACUUCUACGAUUCAGAUUAGGUAACGUAGCAUUAGCCGCUGAUACCGAAAAGAUGUUUCUUCAAGUAAAGGUCUCGAGACAAGAUAGGGGAGCGUUUCGUCUAUUGUGGUGGGAAGACGGUGAUAUAAGACGGCAGGUUACGGAGUAUUGUUUAACAGUUCAUCCGUUUGGAGCCGUGUCCUCUCCUUUUUGUGCUAAUUUCGCUCUUAGGAAAACGGUAGAUACAUUCGGUAAGAAAUUGAAUAAAGAUGUCCAGGUAGUCGUAGAUAAGAGUUUCUAUGUCGACGACUAUUUAGCCUCCAUCGAUAAUGUGCAGGGUGCAAUUGAGCUAGCAAAAACCCUUGGUUUACUCCUCGGAAAAGGUGGGUUCAGACUUACCAAGUGGAUAAGCAACUGUUUACAAGUUCUCGAAUCAACUCAUCCAGAAGAGAGAGCAGAAGCCGUAAGAGGGAUUGACUUUGAAAGACUUCCUACGGAACGCAUGUUGGGAUUAUUUUGGAAUACUAUGGUUGAUUCGUUUGAAUUUGAAGUUCGCAUACCGAAACGCCCCCUCACUAGGCGAGGUAUGUUAUCGAGUGUAGCCUAACUUUACGAUCCCUUGGGAUUGUUAGCACCGUUUAUACUUCCCAUGAAGCAGUUACUUCAACGUUUAGGUAAAUUGGGACUAGGAUGGGACAAAGAGAUUCCAAAUGAGGAAGGCAAACGCUGGUUGGAUAUUUUAACUGAAUUUCAGAGGGUUGAGAACGUUAGUUUUCCACGUUGUGUAUUGUUUUCGCAAACAGACCGCUCGCUCCUGGAACUUCAUAUUUUCAGUGAUGCCUGGGAAAAUUUUUGAUUGUGCAGCUGUGUCACGUCCAAGAUUUCGCUCGUUCCCUUUAUUGAAGUACGGUUUGUCGAUCUAUUUGCAAUUCACGAACCCAAAUUAACAAUAGAACCAAAUCCUAAUUAGAUACCAAAGUUUAUUCGCGAUUUACAAAUAGUUGACCUAAAUGUCGUUCUAACAACAAUAAUUAUAACAAUUACAAAACAAACCUUCAAUUUUGUAGGUUCCCGGAGCAAAAACUCCCAAAUACCAAACCAAUGACAGAGAGAAACCGAAAUGUUCGAAAUCAAUUAUAUAAACAAGUUCAAAAGUUAGGUAAAACAAAUACAUCCAAAAACACAGUAAAAUUAUUAAUAUACAAAAAAGGUUUUAAUCAGACAAAUGUCUUCAGUCCUCCCGUAACACUCCCGACCUAAAGAACCAAAGUUCUUUUUACAGGAAAAUAAAUAGGUAACAAUAAUCCAAGUAUAUGCAUCACAAGCAACCAACAACGGGCAUUCAAUAUACCAACAAUCUCGUGAUCCCUAGGACUUACACCAGUACGCCAAGGGAUCCGAUUAGCUACCUACCAUCUGCAGCUUCAGGAAGACGCAGUUUUCGAACAUCUCUUAUUAGGGUCCCCUUCCUUGUCCUCAGUUCUACCUGUCUCACUAUUCUAUCCUUACUUAGUAUCACUCUGUUAUGGAUGCAGAGGAAUAUUCCAAUCAUUAUCAUGUUAAGUCUAAUGAUGUCCCUAUUGGCCAUUAUUUAUUUCACUCGUUAAAUAUUGUACAGAUGUUGUUUUCUAUUUUUGUGGUACGAUGUGGUCUGUUUGGUUGGUAUAUAAACAGAGUAUGUUUGAAAUACAACGAUUCAUAUCUCGGAGGCUGUCACUUGUGUUCUGGACUCAACUGGCUGGGUUAGACAGCGAAGCAGGGCCAAUCAGAACCCUAGGCCGUUCAUUUGGUGUUUUCCGUGUCACUGUAAUCGAUCAAUAAAACGCUGCGCAUCUAACCUGCAAUCCACCCGUUACAACACACUCUCUGUACUAGACCUAAGGGCCACUUCUUUUUCUCGGAGAAGUUAGAACAUAUGAUUACUAAGUCACCCUCCCGUAUGUUCCUCUCUAGUUGGGUCCACUUGUAUCUACGCUGAAACAGCGAAACAUAAUCCUUAGACCAAUGUCUCCAAAACACAUGUGCCAAGGAAUUCGCUUGCUUCCAUCUCUUAGAACAACUGUCACUAGACAGAGCAUUAGUGAAUUCUGCAACGUUCUCUCUUAAUAGUAACAGUUUUGCUGGUGUUAUUGCAUCGAGAUCAUUCGAGUCGUCUGUAACAGGAAUCAAAGGUCGAUUGUUAAUUAUACGCUCAGCCUCUAUCAUGAAAGUUUCAAGGCAUUCCUCUGUUAAAGAUUGUUCCUUUACAAGAGCACCCAAUACCCUACGUACAGAGCGAAUCAUGCACUCCCAUACUCCUCCCCAAUGACUAGCAGCCGGAGGAUUGAAAUGCCAGCCAAUCCCUUUUUUUUAGUAAAUCAGAGUGUAUACGCUCCUGCACCCAACCCUGAAGACAUCUUAGUUCACGUUCAGCCCACACCAGAUUUGAUCCAUUAUCAUUGUAUCUCUUUUGGAUAACCUUUCCUACUGACAAACCUCAUUAGUGCCAUGAUGAGUCUGUGGUAAAACCAUAUGUCACCUCCAGAUGCACGGCUUUCAACCUUAGACAAGUGAAUACACAACCAUAUCGCUUCUCAGUACUUCUACCAUGUUUAAUCAUAAUGGGUCCAAAAUAAUCUGCCCCAAUUGAUAAAAAUGGAUAGUGACCACCUUCUAUCCUGGUCGGAGGUAAUGGUGCCAUUAGUUGCUGAAUGGGACGGGUGUUCCUCCUUUUACAAUAAACACAAUCCUUUAUCACCCUCCUCAUAUCUAAACAACCCCUCAGAACCAAAAAUAUUUCUCGGACCGUUGCCAUUACCCGUGUAGCUCCAACAUGUCCCUCCAAAAUAUGGUAAUACUGUAGAAUCAAAUUCAAAAUUGUAUGGUUCGAUGGUAAUACUAUGGGAUGCUUCCUCGACUUGGGUCAAGAACUAAUUUGAAGUCGGCCACCGACACACAAUAAUCCAUUUACCAUCAUUGGAUUUAAGGUUCGUAACGGUGAAUUUAUUCUCACGUUGCUAAUGGUAUCAAACAACAACAUUUCAAUCUCUUUCCGGAAUACUAUGCGUUGGACAUAUCGAAUUAAAUCUAAGCAAGUUAAACUUAACUCAUCAACUCUGAGCAUACCCACCUGUAGAGACAGAUCAGUUCUAUCAGAACGCAUUAUCAAUGAAUAUCGCUUAAAUCGGGUUAACCAUGCAACAUCCUUAAGUAAUCUAGUCCGAUCUGAGUAAUAAUUAAUGAGUAGAUUAACGAUGGAUUCUUCAACCAUUACAUGCGCGGACAUUGCCUUCUUUAAUUCCAAGAGAUGGGGGUAAGGGCCUUGUACAGCAGCAGCAGGCCAACACUCCUUUGGCUUCUUCAGAAAAUGUAGACCCUCCCAUACCUUGACAUCAUUGAUGUUGAACUUGAGACCUCUGGAUGCAAAGUCUGCUAUGUUUUCUUUCGAAGGUACGAAUCUCCUUUGGUUCACCUUAGUAAGACUGUGAAUAGUUGAAAUCCGGUUUGCUAUGAAUGUUUUAAACUGGCUCUUCUCAUUUCAAAUAUAAUGUAAGACAAUCAUGGAAUCCGUUCAAAAUCCAACCUCUGCAAACUUAAUAUGUAACUAGGAUUGCAGCUGGGACCCCAUGUGAGCUGCUAACACUGCUGCCGUAAGUUCCAAGCGCGGUAUAAUUUGAACCUUCAAGGGGGUUACUCUUGCCUUAACCGUAAUAAGACGAGAACAUAUUUCAGUAUCAGGGAUGUAAGAGGGGACGCAUGCAACUGCACCACAUCGUUUCCCAAGCAUCACUGAAAAUAUGAAGUUCCAGGAGCGAGCGGUCUGUUUGCGAAAACAAUACACAACGUGGAAAACUAACGUUCUCAACCCUCUGAAAUUCAGUUAAAAUAUCCAACCAGCGUUUGCCUUCCUCAUUUGGAAUCUCUUUGUCCCAUCCUAGUCCCAAUUUACCUAAACGUUGAAGUAACUGCUUCAUGGGAAGUAUAAACGGUGCUAACAAUCCCAAGGGAUCGUAAAGUUAGGCUACACUCGAUAACAUACCUCGCCUAGUGAGGGGGCGUUUCGGUAUGCGAACUUCAAAUUCAAACGAAUCAACCAUAGUAUUCCAAAAUAAUCCCAACAUGCGUUCCGUAGGAAGUCUUUCAAAGUCAAUCCCUCUUACGGCUUCUGCUCUCUCUUCUGGAUGAGUUGAUUCGAGAACUUGUAAACAGUUGCUUAUCCACUUGGUAAGUCUGAACCCACCUUUUCCGAGGAGUAAACCAAGGGUUUUUGCUAGCUCAAUUGCACCCUGCACAUUAUCGAUGGAGGCUAAAUAGUCGUCGACAUAGAAACUCUUAUCUACGACUACCUGGACAUCUUUAUUCAAUUUCUUACCGAAUGUAUCUACCGUUUUCCUAAGAGCGAAAUUAGCACAAAAAGGAGAGGACACGGCUCCAAACGGAUGAACUGUUAAACAAUACUCCGUAACCUGCCGUCUUAUAUCACCGUCUUCCCACCACAAUAGACGAAACGCUCCCCUAUCUUGUCUCGAGACCUUUACUUGAAGAAACAUCUUUUCGGUAUCAGCGGCUAAUGCUACGUUACCUAAUCUGAAUCGUAGAAGUACACCAAUUAAACUAUUUACAGUACUUAGUCCUCUCAAAAGCUGACCAUUAGGAGAACAACCUUGAUAGACAGCUGCACAAUCAAAAACAAUUCUCAGUUUUCCAGGCUUUUAGGGUUGAUAACAAGAUGAUGGAGAACAUACGAACAAACAGCAUCACGGUCAAAUCCCUCCUUACUAGUUUCAAUGAUAUAGCUCUUACUCAAAUGUUUAUUCACCACAACUUGAUAUUUCUCCAGAAGACUAUUAUCUUUCACAAACCUCUUCCUUAAACACUCUAGUCUGCGUUCAGCUAGUUCCAAAUUAUUCGGUAGCCUUGGCUUGUCAUACUUUCACGGUAGACCAACUUGGAAAUGGCCACCCUCCAGUCUAAAAGAACUACUAACUAUUUCUAGAGCUCUUUUUUCUUCGACAGAAUAUCCAUUACGAAACAUAUCUGCAUCCUCGAACUCAUGAUUAUAUAAUCUUUCUAUAUCUCGCAAAAUAUCAUUAGUAGAACAAUGACACCACUGAACUCGAUGUAGAGACCUUGAUACUCCUUUAGGACCUAUAAUCAUCCAACCGAG